AUGUCGCUGGUCGAUUAUCCAGAUUCUGCCUCGGAUGAUGAUGAUAACAGCCUCGAUGCCUUUGCCCAGACGGCACAAUCUGCCGCCAAACCUACAUCGAAGCGCAAGCACAGCGCCUCUGGGGAUGCCCUGCCACCGCUUCCGCCAGCCUUUCACGACCUCUACGCGACAAAUGCGCGCGUCAGCACUAGCGACAACCCAAGCCUACACGGUGGACGAAAACGGGCUGUACCUCACGUCGAGGGCAAGUGGCCUAAUACUAUUGAUCUUGAAAAUGCCAAGCGAACGAAGAAACUGCCCGUACCAGAGAUCCUACCAUCUCUUCAAUCAGAACUGGGUGCGUCGCUACCUCUUCAUGUCUCCUUGUCGCGCACCUUGCAAAUCAACACCGACAGCAGAGAGCCUUUUCUGGAAUCAUUAAGUGUUGCUGUGCGGCGGUCCGCAGUGCGCGCUUUCAAUUUUGAGUUUCAGAACUUGAAAUGGGUGUCCAACUUCGAUCGCAAUCGAUGGUUUUUGGUCCUUGGCAUUAAGAAGUCACGGCUCAACGAACUUAACCGCCUGCUACAAGCAUGCAACGACGCGACCCAAUACAGCGGUCAUCCAGGUCUGUAUACAGGCGGAGUGGGAGACGGUCCGAAGGAGAGCCAUGACUCUAAUGACGGUCCGAAGCGGAGGAAGGUCGACAAGAAUGAGCCUCAAAGCCAUGAUUAUUCGCAAUAUUUCCACGUCAGCAUCGCUUGGAACCUGGCUGAGCCUGACCCUGAGUGGGUUGCUCUGGUCCAGGAUAUCGACACCAGUAAGUUCGUUCAGGCACCUGAGGCUGCUUUUGAUGCUGUCAAAGUGAGGAUUGGAAACACGGUCCAUAAUAUUGCCCUGGCUAGCAAGAGAGCUGGUCUGGGGAGGGUCGGAGGAGGGCUGGGUUUGGCAUGA